CACGAAUAGUAAAGGUGGAAGGGAGCACCAAUGCGCCAUAGAGUCAGUUUCGCUUUCUGUGUUCGAGUGACUGAGAAAGGAGUUUAUUGCCGAUGAACACAGUGUAGAAACAGGCUUCAUGAAGUUCUUGUGUAAGAGUGCGACGAUGGGUUUGAUUGUACCUAGUUAGUCGAGGGUCAAGCGAUCGAAGGAGAAAAUGGAGGGAGCACUUGAACCGUCGACGGAAAUCGCCGUGGCCCAGAGAGACGGGGCUGUGACAAUGAACGACAACAGCCACGGACCCAGGCCUCGGUUCAAUUUUGAGGGGAGUGCCGAAGGCACAGGACACAUCCAAAAUGUCAACAUGGCCAAUGGGGGACAACUUAAUAUCACCCAGGUUCAUAGAACCAUCAACUACAACAUUCCCGGGCAAGUUAACGGGCCUCUGCCCAAUCAAGCCAGUGGAUCCAGUGGACCGGCCACGUCUGCUAUUACUGAUGCCGAUGACUCCGAACAAGAAGAAUACAACAGCAAGAUCAGACCGCUACACGCUGACCUGGCGGUUGAAUUGGAACGCAUUAUCACCAAAAAGCAGUUAGGGUCCUUGAAACUGUUCUUUGAAGAAAUAUUCGAGGAAGGAGAAAUGGAUGAAAUCAACAGCUUCCACGACAUGUGGAGGGAGUUAAAACGGAGAGGAGAGAUCAGCCCAGGCAGAUAUGGUAUACUGGAAAAAGCUUUGCGGUCCAUCCAAGCGAUAAGCCAUCUGCAGGUUAUCAAAGAGUUUAAGGAGAAAAUGAACAGUGAAGAUGGUAGAUAUGAUGGAUGGAUACGAUAUGACAUUCUUGUAAAAUCCAUUGAAGAGUUGACAAGACAAAAGGAUGUCGUUUUCCGGAACGCUCUCGAUGAUGGUUGUCCUGGGGUAGUAUUUAGGAAUGCAGUGAUAGGCAACAUUGGAGAGGAAGGUGGUGAGCUCCGCCUUGACAAUGGCUCAGUCAAACUAGAGGUGCCAGCAGAAGCUGUUAACAAACAGAGUUUGUUCUGGAUGUUAGUUGGACUAUAUGACGGCCCCCAGUUCUCAGUGAAGUCGGAAAAUGGACUGGUCCCAGGUUUGGAUGAAAUUGCAAAGUAUUCAAUCCCAGUUCGUCUAGGUCCUUCGGAUGUCGAUUUCAAAAUCCCGGUGAGGCUCACGGUGAAGGAUUUAAGCAAGCCAUUUAACUCAACAAAAUCCAUGGGUGUCUACAGCAAGGCUGAUGGAAAUGCUGAAUGGAAACCGGCUGGUUCAUGCUUCUAUGAUGCAGACUCAAAGAACAACUUCACCACAAGUGUUCCAUUGAACCACUUUUCAAGCUACGUUCUCGGGAUGCCAGUUUCGUCUGACUUACUUCCACUGAACGUUCGUGUCAUGGCUCAGAGUCGUCCAGUGAAUGCAGGCCGUGUAGAAAGUGUUGGGAAUGAAGUUCAGAUAUUCUUCACGAUUAACGACUACAGCUUUAGUCAGGAACUUGUCCUUCACAAAUCGAUCAACGUUGAAAGCGCGACAUGUUUGUAUCUUGAUCCGAGCAGCGAUGUCAGCGUGAUCUGGGUGAGACGUUCCAUCGAGAAAUCGGUACAACAUACUAAAACGGAGGUUCUCCAGCAGGAACACAUCCAAAAUCUUGCCGAGAUGCCAGUAUAUCUUCAAAUAGCUGUUGCAGACGGUUCAGGUUCGGCCCACAUGGCUCAAGCUGAUUCGAUGUUUGAAGAUAUUCUAAUUUUAGAACAAAACGGCAGCGUAGUGGUUGAACUUCCUUUGACUGAAUGUGCAGUGCCAACGGGCAGCCCAGAAGAGUCCCACCAAGUGACAGAACGCUUGAUCAACGCAACAUUGGACGGCAGCAAGAACAAAGUAGAGAGAUUGUUGAGUGAAGGUGCCAACAUUGAGACAAGGGACCAAGACGGUAACACUCUACUGAGCUUAGCAAGUCAUAGAGGACAUUUAGGUAUUGUCCAGCUAUUGUUAGAGUGCAAGGCAAGUGCUGAAACAAUGAACAGUGAUGGGUGGUAUACUAUUCACAUUGCAUGUGAAGAAGGGCACGAGGAUAUUGUAACACUGUUGUUGAACAGAGGUGCAAAUGUUGAGAGCCAGACCCAAACAGGCACAACCGCUGUCUACAUAGCAUCCCAAAAUGGCCAUGAGAAGGUUGUCCAGCUAUUGUUGGAUAAAGAUGCAUAUAUUGAAAGUAAGACAGACAAGUGGGCUACUCCUCUCUACGUAGCAUCUCAAAAUGGCCAUGAGAAGGUUGUCCAGCUGUUGUUGGAUAGAGGUGCAUAUAUUGAAAGUAAGACAGACAGGUGGGCUUCUCCUCUCUACGUAGCAUCUCAAAAUGGCCAUGAGAAGGUUGUCCAACCGUUGUUGGAUAAAGAUGCAUAUAUUGAAAGUAAGACAGACGAGUGGGCUUCUCCUCUCUACGUAGCAUCUGAAAAUGGCCAUGAGAAGGUUGUCCGGCUGUUGUUGGAAAGAGGUGCAUGUAUCGAGAGUGAGACAAACAAGUGGGCUUCUCCUCUCUACGUAGCAUCUCAAAAUGGCCAUGAGAAGGUUGUCCAACUAUUGUUGGAUAGAGGUGCAUAUAUUGGAAGUAAGACAAACAAGUGGGCUUCUCCUCUCUACGUAGCAUCUCAAAAUGGCCAAGAGAAGGUUGUCCAACUAUUGUUGGAUAGAGGUGCAUAUAUUGGAAGUAAGACAAACAAGUGGGCUUCUCCUCUCUACGUAGCAUCUCAAAAUGGCCAUAAGAAGGUUGUCCAGCUAUUGUUGGAUAGAGGUGCAUAUAUUGGAAGUAAGACAGACGAGUGGUUUUCUCCUCUCUACGUAGCAUCUCAAAAUGGCCAUGAGAAGGUUGUCCAGCUAUUGUUGGAUAGAGGUGCAGAUAUUGGAAGUAAGACAUGCAAGGGGGCUUCUCCUCUCUACGUAGCAUCUCAAAAUGGCCAUGAGAAGGUUGUCCAGCUAUUGUUGGAUAGAGGUGCAGAUAUUGAAAGUGAGACAGACGAGCGGGCUUCUCCUCUCUACGUAGCAUCUCAAAAUGGCCAUGAGAAGGUUGUCCAGCUAUUGUUGGAUAGAGGUGCAUAUAUUGAAAGUGAGACAGACGAGCGGGCUUCUCCUCUCUACGUAGCAUCUCAAAAUGGCCAUGAGAAGGUUGUCCAGCUAUUGUUGGAUAGAGGUGCAUAUAUUGAAAGUGAGACAGACGAGCGGGCUUCUCCUCUCUACGUAGCAUCUCAAAAUGGCCAUGAGAAGGUUGUCCAGCUGUUGUUGGAUAGAGGUGCAGAUAUUGAAAGUGAGACAUACAAGUGGGCUACUCCUCUCUACGUAGCAUCUCAAAAUGGCCAUGAGAAGGUUGUCCAGCUGUUGUUGGAUAGAGGUGCAUAUAUUGGAAGUAAGACAGACAAGCGGGCUACUCCUCUCUACGUAGCAUCUCAAAAUGGCCAUGAGAAGGUUGUCCAGCUGUUGUUGGAUAGAGGUGCAGAUAUUGAAAGUAAGACAGACAAGCGGGCUACUCCUCUCUACGUAGCAUCUCAAAAUGGCCAUGAGAAGGUUGUCCAGCUGUUGUUGGAUAGAGGUGCAGAUAUUGAAAGUGAGACAUACAAGUGGGCUACUCCUCUCUACGUAGCAUCUCAAAAUGGCCAUGAGAAGGUUGUCCAGCUGUUGUUGGAUAGAGGUGCAUAUAUUGAAAGUAAGACAUACAAGGGGGCUUCUCCUCUCUACGCAGCAUCUCAAAAUGGCCAUGAGAAGGUUGUCCAGCUAUUGUUGGCUAGAGGUGCAGAUAUUGAAAGUGAGACAGACGAGCGGGCUUCUCCUCUCUACGUAGCAUCUCAAAAUGGCCAUGAGAAGGUUGUCCAGCUAUUGUUGGAUAGAGGUGCAGAUAUUGAAAGUGAGACAGACGAGCGGGCUUCUCCUCUCUACGUAGCAUCUCAAAAUGGCCAUGAGAAGGUUGUCCAACUAUUGUUGGAUAGAGGUGCAGAUAUUGAAAGUGAGACAGACGAGCGGGCUUCUCCUCUCUACGCAGCAUCUCAAAAUGGCCAUGAGAAGGUUGUCCAGCUAUUGUUGGAUAGAGGUGCAGAUAUUGAAAGUGAGACAGACGAGCGGGCUUCUCCUCUCUACGCAGCAUCUCAAAAUGGCCAUGAGAAGGUUGUCCAGCUAUUGUUGGAUAGAGGUGCAUAUAUUGAAAGUAAGACAUACAAGUGGGCUUCUCCUCUCUACGUAGCAUCUCAAAAUGGCCAUGAGAAGGUUGUCCAACUAUUGUUGGAUAGAGGUGCAUAUAUUGAAAGUAAGACAGACGAGUGGUUUUCUCCUCUCUACGUAGCAUCUCAAAAUGGCCAUGAGAAGGUUGUCCAACUAUUGUUGGAUAGAGGUGCAGAUAUUGAAAGUAAGACAGACAAGUUGGCUACUCCUCUCUACGUAGCAUCUCAAAAUGGCCAUGAGAAGGUUGUCCAACUAUUGUUGGAUAGAGGUGCAGAUAUUGGAAGUAAGACAGACGAGUGGGCUUCUCCUCUCUACGUAGCAUCUCAAAAUGGCCAUGAGAAGGUUGUCCAGCUAUUGUUGGAUAGAGGUGCAGAUAUUGAAAGUAAGACAGACAAGUUGGCUACUCCUCUCUACGUAGCAUCUCAAAAUGGCCAUGAGAAGGUUGUCCAGCUAUUGUUGGAUAGAGGUGCAGAUAUUGAAAGUGAGACAGACGAGCGGGCUUCUCCUCUCUACGCAGCAUCUCAAAAUGGCCAUGAGAAGGUUGUCCAGCUAUUGUUGGAUAGAGGUGCAGAUAUUGAAAGUAGGACAGACAAGUUGGCUACUCCUCUCUACGCAGCAUCUCAAAAUGGCCAUAAGAAGGUUGUCCAGCUGUUGUUGGAUAGAGGUGCAUAUAUUGGAAGUAAGACAAACAAGUGGGCUUCUCCUCUCUACGCAGCAGCUCAAAAUGGCCAUGAGAAGGUUGUCCAACUAUUGUUGGAUAGAGGUGCAUAUAUUGAAAGUGAGACAGACGAGCGGGCUUCUCCUCUCUACGUAGCAUCUCAAAAUGGCCAUAAGAAGGUUGUCCAACUAUUGUUGGAUAGAGGUAUAAAAAGUGAGAGAAGGAACCAUUCUUCUUCUCCUCUCUACGUAGCAUCUUAA